AUGGGAGAAGGAAUAUUUGAGGUUAAGAAGUUGGAAGCUGUCCUAGUUCCUCCUGCAUCAAAAACAGAUGAUGGGCUCUACUUCUUAUCCAACUUGGAUUUGUACCAGAACCUCAUUCUUACAACAAUAUACUGUUACAAAUCAGAUACUACAAGGAGUAACUGUAAUGCUUGUGAAGUGAUCAAGCAAGCUUUGGCUGAGGUUCUGGUUCACUAUUAUCCUUUCGCUGGGAGGAUUGCAAUAAACGACUCUGAUGGGAAACUAGUUAUCGAUUGCACCGGAGAAGGUGUUCCAUUUGUGGAAGCAGUUGCAGACUGUGAGCUUGAAGUUUUAGGCGACACUACAAAAUCAUCAAAUUUUGAGAUUCUGGAGAAGCUUGUUCAUAUCUUUCCAAGAUCCAAAAACAUCUUAGAAAUACCAUUACUGACAACUCAGGUCACAAAGUUCAAGUGUGGAGGAUUUGUUCUUGGAUUAGCAACAAACCACUGCAUGGCAGAUGGGAUAAGUGCAGUGGAAUUUGCAAAUUCUUGGGCUGAAAUCGCAAGAGGCUCACCAAUUACUGUCUUGCCAUUCCUUGAUAGAACUAUAAUCAAAUCAAGGCAACCUCUUAAGAUUGAAUUCCCUCAUAAUGAGUUCCAUGAGAUAAAAGAUGUUCCAAAGAGCAUCCUUGCAUCUAAAGAUGAUGAACUUAUACCCAAAUCCUUCUGCUUCAAAGAAAAGAUGUUGGUCCAUUUGAGGUCCUUAGCAAUGGAAGAUGGUGAAGUAGAGAAAUGCUCAAACUUCACAUUGGUGGCAGCACAUACAUGGCGUGUCAUGAUUGAGUCACUCAAGAUGGAAGAUGAUCAACUAACAAAGCUUGUUUUCGCCGUCGAUCUCCGGUCGAAAUUCAAUCCGCCGUUACCGAAAGGAUACUUUGGCAAUGCCAUAUUUCAUCCAUGUUGUCUUUGUAGUGCCGGAGAAUUAAGGAGUAAGCCAUUGUGGUUCGCAGUUAAAUUGGUGCAAGAAGCAAUAAAAUCAGUGACCGAGGAAUAUGCAAGAUCAGCUAUUGACUAUUAUGAAGAGAAAAGAGCAAACCCUUUAGCAACAUAUACUCUUUUUAUAUCUUCAUGGACUAGAUUGGGUUUUUAUGAUAUUGAUUUCGGAUGGGGGAAACCAACUCAGACAACCCUUGCAAAUCCAGGGCCUAAUUUGUGCUUUACGCUUCCCCAAGGUGAAGGAAAGAAGGAUCUAAAUAUAUUAAUGGUCAUGGCUGCAUCUCUUAUGAAAGCCUUUGAGGAGCUCAUCCAAAUCUAA